AUGCCUCUGGCCUGGCACGUCAGAAGUCGGAAUGUCGGCACCAUCGCGCUAUCAGUCUGGCUCUUGCUCGGCAAUCUCGACACGAUCAUAAACUCGUUCGCCUGGUGGUCGUCAACAGCGGACAAAGCUCCCGGCUUCUGCGAGAUCAGCGUCAGACUCCGGCAUGUGAUGUUCAUCGCUAUUCCUGCAUCGAACCUCGUCAUUGCCAAGAAGCUCGAGGCAAUUGCUUCAACUCGCCAAAUUCGAGUAGCGGCCGCGGAUCGAAGAAGGGCGGUCGUCGUUGAUCUCAUGAUCUGCGUCGGCAUUCCCUUCGUCUUCGGUGCGCUCAUGGUAGUCAAUCAAGCCCGAUCCUACUCGAUCAUUCAAGAGAUCGGUUGCUGGCCGGUCCUUACCACGUCCUGGGUUUGGGUUCUACUUGUGGCACUUCCCGUCAUCCUGGUCUGCCUCGUCUCUGCGAUUUACAGUGCUGUCGACAUGUUGAUCUUCUUUCCCGUCUACAUCGGCAGCAUCGCAAAGCAGAUCAAAGAUGCGAUCACCGUUGGGUACGGCUCAUGGCAGUUCCAGCAUCAGAACUUCGGCGAAGUCUUGCAGGUACCCGCGGAUCUUGUGAAGCUACAAAGCUCGGGGCAGAGGGGAUUGAUUCUGUCGAGACUCGUGUGCCCUAUCUCGGGCUUGAUUUUCUUCGCCAUGUUUGGUUUCGGCCAGGAAGUACGUCAGGGCUACAAGCAAGCUUUUGGCAGAGUACUGAGCUUUUGCAAGCUCCGAAAGGUGACCAACCUGCCGCCACCUGGACCUAUUGUCGCCGAUAUUGAAGUAGUCACCUUUCGUUCCCGCGAGACUUGUGGCGCGCCUAGUCCACACUCAGAAAAGUUCAGCUUCAACAAGCACGCUCUUGAAGACGCCUAG